ACGUCACAAAAACCAAUUUUCAAAUUGACAUUUAUCUAGAAAGAGUAAAGACGAGGGAAUUGAGAGAAGCCUAAGAGCGAAGCCAAUGUUGUUUUGUUUCGAUUUCUCACAUUUAUGAAUCAAGUUCAAAGUUAAAAAAUAAACUGAAAAAUGGCUCUGUAUUGUGCAAUAUCCAAUGAAGUGCCAGAAGCUCCGGUUAUUUCCCCAUCUUCGGGAUGUGUUUUCGAAAAACGUAUAAUUGAAAAGUAUAUAAUAGAAAAUGGUGUUGAUCCAAUAAGUGGUAAAGAGUUGAAAGUUGAAGAUCUGAUUGAAAUCAAAACUCCAGCAAUAGUAAAACCAAAGCCUCCGAGUGCUACAUCAAUCCCAGCCACAUUGAAGAGUAUGCAAGAUGAGUGGGACGCCCUUAUGUUACAUGCCUUCACACAAAGACAACAGCUACAAACUGCUAGACAGGAGCUGAGUCACGCCCUAUACCAGCACGACGCGGCGUGCCGAGUGAUCGCGCGGCUCACCAAGGAGGUGACGGCCGCGCGCGAGGCACUCGCUACGCUCAAGCCGCAGGCUGGGAUCGUGGCGCCGCAGCCCGCACAUAUCGCAGAGCACGCGGCAGGCGCAGGCGGUGCGGUGGCAGUGGGCAUGUCAGCGGAGGUGGUGGCCCGGCUGCAGGAGCGCGCCACUGCGCUCACCCAGGAGCGAAAGCGGCGCGGCCGCACAGUGCCCGAGGCGCUGCUGCCGCCCGACCAGAUCCGGGCCUUCAUCACGCUCGCCUCACAUCCGGGAUUACAUUCAGCCAGUGUUCCUGGUAUCUUAUCUCUGGACAUCAACCCAUCAGACCACAGCCGCUUGCUGACGGGAGGCAAUGAUCGUAAUGCUACUGUAUUCAAUAAGGACACUGAGCAGGUAGUUGCGAUCCUGAAGGGUCACACGAAGAAGGUAACGCGUGUGAUCUAUCACCCCGACGAGGAUACCGUCAUCACGGCCUCGCCCGACCACACCAUCCGUGUGUGGAACGUGCCUACGUCUCAGACGUCAGUGAUCCUACGCUCGCACGACGGUCCAGUGACAGGGCUGUCACUGCACCCUACUGGAGACUAUGUGCUGUCCACCUCCACAGACCAGCACUGGGCCUUCUCCGAUAUCCGUACCGGUGCACUGCUCACAAAGGUGAGUGACUCGUCUGGUGUCAGUCUGACCACCGCGCAGUUCCAUCCUGACGGACUGAUCUUCGGAACGGGCACAGAGAACGCGCAGGUCAAGAUCUGGGAUCUCAAGGAACAGAGCAAUGUGGCCAACUUCCCGGGACACCUGGGUGCCGUCACCUCUAUUUCUUUCUCCGAGAACGGAUACUAUCUGGCCACGGCCGCGGAGGACGCGUGUGUCAAGCUGUGGGACUUGAGGAAGCUAAAGAACUUCAAGACGAUCCAGCUGGACGAGGGCUACGCCAUCAAGGAGCUGUGCUUCGACCAGAGCGGCACCUACCUGGCGGUGGCUGGUACGGACGUGCGGGUGUAUCUGUGCAGACAAUGGCAAGAGUUGAAGGUAUUGAAUGAGCAUACAGCUUCGGCGACGGGAGUGCGCUUCGGCAAGCACGCGCAGUACAUUGCCUCCACCAGCAUGGACCGCACUCUCAAGAUCUACGGCCUGGAGUAGGAUGCAGAGUGGGUAACCCGCUGAUCACUUAUAUUACCCAACAGGUGUCUGCAAGCUCGUUUUAUUUCUUGUUCCAUUAAAAAUAUUGAAGAGUCACGACAAUUGGACGUGGUUAAGCAGAAAGGACUCAAACCACACAAAUGCACUUUUGAGUUAUAGGCAUUUGAAGUUUCAGCCUAAAUCUUAUCUAUAUAAAUAUCCGAUAAAAAACAAAUUCAGUACGUAUAUUUUUAAGAAUAGGGUUUUCACUUCACAGAUUCGACCUUCAGGAGUAUGAUGGCAUACUUAACUCAUUUUUUACAUACAUACUUAACUUAUUUUGACCAAAGUUUGGUUUGAGUCUUUUCUGCAUAACUACGUCCAAUUCUACCUUACAAUGUUUACAGUAACAUGGGGAGUGGUUCUCUGUGUAUUGAUUUGUAAUAUCGGUGUCGCCGGCACGUGUACGUUUAUGAAGAUAAUCAGACCUGACACGUCGCACACCAUCCGCAUCAUGAACAUUUGAUCCGAUGCUUUCGCAAGUAUGUGAGCUUAUUAAAGUGAUAAAUAUUAUUUUUUGCUUAUAAUUUCAUUAGUAUGAAUACAUAUGAACAUGCCCGCUUUAGUUGACUUGUAAGAAAAGCCCUUAUAAAAUUUAUAUUAUGCUCCAGAUUUUGAAGAAUUUUAUGUAAGCGGUACAGCUGCCAUAGUAAUAAAAUUAACAAUAUAAGAUUGAAUUUCCUAAAUGCAGUGAAUUAGUAAUGUAUGAGAUAGGUUUACGGUUUAGUACGUAAGGACUAUCUUAGAAAUAAACGUAAGUCACUUCAA